AUGUGGUCAUUACAUCUGCUCAUGAACAAAAUUCUGAAAUCAUAUGAAAAAAAUUUCGAAGGCCUUGCUGGAAUUCAAUUUAAUUUUGUUGGGGCCUACCAUAUACAACAAUCGUCAAACAAAGACCAGCACAAAAGUUCUGUUCUGUCGCACUUCGUUGAUGUCCCUCAUAUAAAUCAGCAGCACGCGUGGGAUUGUGGUCUUGCUUGUGUUUUAAUGGUUUUGCAAGCGCUUGGCUUCUAUGAUUGUAAUAUUCAGGAAUUGGAAGAGUUAUGUUGUACUACGAGUAUUUGGACUGUCGAUUUGGCAUAUUUGCUGCAGAAGUUUUCCGUAAGAUUUACAUACUGCACAGUUACAUUAGGAGCAAAUCCAGAUUUUUCUGUUGAGACAUUUUAUAAGGACCAGUUGCCCAAUGAUCUAGUACGGGUAAAUAUGCUGUUUCGUGAAGCUCGUAAAGCUGGAAUAUGUAUAGAGUGCAGAUCGGUUAGUGCAAAAAACAUUUCUGACUUUGUCUUGUCUGGAAAGUAUGUUGCUAUUGCUCUAGUCGAUCAGUAUAAACUAAGCCAAUCGAAACUAGAGGAUGUUUGUGUUCCAGACUUCUACGAUGGCAACCCAGGUUACACUGGUCAUUACGUGGUUAUCUGUGGUUAUGAUGCGGUUACAGAUGAGUUCGAGAUUCGAGAUCCUGCCAGCUCAAUGAAACAUGUGAAGGUUCCUUCAUGGUGUUUGGAACAGGCUCAUAAGUCUUUUGGUACUGAUGAGGAUCUUCUACUG